UGCGUGCAUUUUUGAAGCUUUUCCAGAUUGCAACUGAUUGGGUCAUUCAUUCCGGUUUGCUCUCUGUCUAUGACAACUCCACUAGAAACAAAGGAAAGCACAGAAGAAAAAUUCUGUAGAAUAUGCCACGAUACUGAUCCUUAUGAGCUUAUUAAACCUUGUGACUGCACGGGUACGUUGGCAUAUGUCCACAGGGAGUGUCUCCAGAGAUGGUUGCAACAAGUUUCUGAAUACAAGUGCGAAAUAUGUGGCAAGCAGUACCGUUGUAAAAAGAAAACACGCUCGUUACUGAGUUUCCUGUUUCGCAGAGGAGCUUGGCGUGAAUGGCUGCACUUGGGUUAUGUUACCUUUUUUGUCAAUAGAAUUUGGAGCCAAACUGGAGUUCUUUUGCAAAUUCUGAAGCUAAAACAACUUAGAUUUAAGGAAAAGUGCAUCACUUGUUUCGUUUAUUCUUUCGUUGCAGCACACUACUUGGCUUUUGCCUUGUUAGAUAUGAGAGCAGUGUGCAAAAGUUUCGCUAUUUGGAGGCGAAAAACAGCAAAAAUUGUUGUUAUAAGUAAUAACGAAGAAGAAGGAACUGUAUAGUUUCACAACAUUCUUUUAUCACGUGAGAUUGUACAUAGAAUAAACGAUUCAUGUUUUUUCGUCUAAUACAACUUUUGGGUCAUCAGGAACAAGUUGUCUCUCCAUCAGUUAAUACGAAGCCGAGCUUUUUCGAACUGCUAACAUAACACACUACUGGGGUUCCUCCAAACCUAGGCGCUGUGCUGUCGUUUGUCUAUUUCUAUCUUCUCGUACCACUCCACUCCGCAAAUACCGCUUACCUAACGGUUUCUCUGUCUUUGUCUUAUUUUUUUCUAUCCUUUCAAUCAACUCCAAGUCAAGCUGUGAGAGUUGUAUUUUAGUUGGGUCUCUUGGAAGCAUCGACUCCAGAAAAAUGCACAAUUUAGCGCCAUUUUUGAGAUGAAUGA